CUGCGUUUGCAAUCCAACACUCACCAAAGUUUCUGCAAUUGCAAACGACACAAGAGGUCAACCAUGGACGUCGUUGCACAGCUUCAGACGCUCAAGGACAAAUAUAAAUCGACAGAGGUGGAAAAGGCUAUUCCUGUAGACUUUGACCUGCGCAACCUCGUCGCAUUUGACACAAAUCCUGUGGACCAUGCCCUACUCCGCUCUAGCCCAGAUACUUACCUCAAAAACCUCGCACGGGAAGGGGCCCAACUGCUCGUGAACCAGAUUUUUGGUCUACCAACAGAGACAGCCCAGGAGGGCGUGUUUGCAAAGCUACCAGAUGCAACCACCCAAAUACCUCGAGCAAAACCGAUUCCCAAAGAAAAAGCCCUGACCCGAUGGGAGAACUUUGCCAAAACCAAAGGAAUUCAAAAGCGUAAAACAUCUCGAAUGGUGUAUGAUGAGGGCGUCGGCGACUACAAGCCACGAUGGGGAUACAAAGGGGCUAAUCAGACAACUGAUGAUUGGUUACUGGAGGUGCCGGAUAAUGCCGACCCAAUGGAGGACCAGUAUGAAAAGCGCCGAGAGGAAAAGAAGGAGAGGGUCGAGAAGAACAAGAAGCAACAACGUCGCAACGCUGAAGAGGCCAGCGCCACCGCUGCGGGUCGGAAUCCGCGCGAAGCUCGGAAGGCAGAAAUACAGAAGAAGAUUGUGGAGUCCAAAGGAUCGACUGCUAGUCUGGGUAGAUUCGACGCACAACUAAGAAAUGAGGAUAAGAUCAAGAUUAAGCGGGGAAAACGCAAAUUCGAACCUGCAACGGUGGACGCUUCAAUUGAGAAGGAGGGGGCGAUGAAAGUGGCCAAGAAGGUAUUGAAAGGCGAGGAUGGAAAAGUACUCAACAUUACGAAGGCUGUGAAGCAAGUACAUCAAAAGGGAGGGCUGCGAAAUGUAGAUAUGGAAGAAGGUAAAAAGAAGAAAAGAAGAACGAAAUGAUGUAUAUACAUUUAUUUACGUGUAGAGUUUACGGCAUUUGAGCGUUUCUUGUACAAUCUUGAUACAGCCUUUAAAGUCCUUUCCCAA